CGCUUUUAUAAAUUCAUAUCUUUAAUCCGGCCGCCAUUCGCGAGUUGAGUUCAUCUCAAGCAUAUCUCUCGUCGAAUACAUUUUAAGAAAUUUGUUGUUACCUACAUAGUUUAGUGUUAGUGAUAUAAUAUUUUAUACCCUCGGUAGAUUUGCAGCAUAAAAUUAAUUCAGGAUGGAUCUCGUUCUAACAACGUUAAUAAGUAUUCUAAUCAUCAUACCUCUGUAUUACUUUUUGAAAGCGCACAAUAAAAAGCAGAGGAUAGCCAAAUACAUAGAUAAAUUACCGGGCCCAAAAGCGAUGCCAUUAUUUGGCAACGUUUUACAGUUGAAAGUCGCUCGAAAUAAAUUGUUCAAAGUAAUUGACCAAAGGACCAAACGAUUCAGUCCAUUGUUUCGUUCAUGGGUUGGACCUGUACCUUUCGUCCAUAUCCUGAGACCGGAACACGCCGAGAUAAUUAUGAGCAGUUCGAAACAUAUCGAGAAAUCUUUAACGUAUAAGUUUCUGUACCCGUGGCUUGGUACUGGAUUGUUAACGAGCUCUGGCAGCAAAUGGCACUCGCAUCGUAAAAUGAUCACGCCGACUUUCCAUUUCAAAAUUUUAGAUAUUUUCUUCGAAGUUAUGCAAGAAAAAGUUGAUAUUCUAGUCAAUCGAUUGAAAGAAAAAUGCCACAAGCCACCCUUCGACGUUUACCCCUACAUUACCUUAUGCGCCUUGGAUAUUAUUUGCGAAACCGCGAUGGGUGUUCCAAUUGACGCGCAAAAAGAUCUCGAAUCUGAAUACGUGAAAGCAAUUUACGAAAUCAGCGAAUUAACCAUUCAACGUACAAUUCGUCCGUGGAUGUGGCCUGUAGGUAUAUUCAAGUGGACCGAAAUGGGUAAAAAAUAUUUCAAGAGUUUGAGAAUCCUACACGGAUUUUCUCGAAGUGUUAUUCGAGAGCGUAAAGAGUUUCGUAGAAAUGUGGGCAACGUUUUGGAAACCGAAAAAGAAGAUGAUAUUGGAACGAAGAAACGUUUAGCAUUUUUAGAUUUAUUGCUGCAAGCUUCAGCCGACGGUAUGAGCUUGACAGAUGAAGAAAUAAGAGAAGAAGUGGAUACGUUUAUGUUCGAAGGUCACGAUACCACUACCGCGUCUAUUUGCUGGGUAUUAUAUUUAUUAGGAUCGCAUCCGGAGCAUCAGGAAAAAGUUGUCGAAGAAUUGGAUUCUAUAUUUGGAGAUAGUAACAGGGCUGUCACACUUAGAGAUAUGACUGAAAUGAAGUAUUUGGAAAGAGUUAUCAAAGAAACGCUCAGAUUGUUCCCGAGUGUACCGUUUAUUGGACGUACCCUCAAUGAAGAUGUUACGAUUGAAAAUUAUGUAGUACCCAAAGGAACUCAUUUGAAUAUUCAACUGUAUCACAUCCACCGAUGCCCCGACCAGUUCCCGAACCCGGAGCAAUUCAACCCGGAUAACUUCUUACCGGAAAAUGUGGCUAAACGUCAUCCUUAUUCGUAUGUACCAUUCAGCGCCGGUCCUAGGAACUGUAUCGGUCAAAAGUUCGCGUUAAUGGAAGAAAAAACCAUGCUGUCCCAAAUCCUACGUUACUACAAAGUCGAAGCUAAAGAAAAAUUCCAAGACAUGAAUUUAAUGAACGAACUCGUGCUGCGUCCGGAGAACGGUAUCAUUUUGACUAUUUCGGAGAGAAAGAAAUAAUUCGUCGCUGUUUUGUCCUCGUCCUCGUCCAUGUUGCUCGUCGACAACUUUGUCGUCGAUAUUGUUACUUUCAGCCCUCCCGGUUAUACGCAGGCGAGUUACCGAGAAUUUAUUACGAAAUUUAAUUAAUGAGCUUAUUUUUAUAAUCCCUUUUAUUUCAAUUUGUGUUUUUUUUUAUCGUGCCUUUUCUGUGGUAAUAUCGUGUGAUGCAUUUCAAGACCUAUGUUGUUAUUGUAAUUUAUAUUUUUGUUUAAAGUUUAAUUUCGAAAAAUUGAGUGUGGUCAGGUUGACUCGGUUCCAGGUCCAGAUUUAGAUGGAGGUGUAAAAAAGUCAAAAAUUGAAAAAAUUUGAAAUCUACUUGAAAUUUAUUGUUUUGAAAUUUUAUUUUUGGUUUGAGUCUCUGUAAGAAAAGUCAGGGAUUUUAAGUUGUCGAAUACUUUUUCGUCUUAUUUAAUUCUCAUUCUUCGGAGGUUCUAAAUAUGGGCCUGGUGAGUGUGAAGUGUAUGUGAUGGAAUUUCAAUCAAGUUUUUGAAUGAAUUUGUUGCAUUGUGAUUGUUUUUAAAAUGAAAAUUAUAUUUUGAAAAAAUCUA